UGUUUCUUUCUGAGCUAAAAAUUUUAGUCGUCUCAAGGAUUGUAUGGAUCUGAAACAUAAUGACGAUGGUUCCCAACACGUGUAGCCGAUCCAAACUAUGAACGCCAAUGAAGAAUAUAUGCGAGGACAAGUCAGGAAUAUAUACGCCUCAUCAUCAAAGGCAAAGGUUCUCUCUUUACUUCGUUGUCACCCACGCCAAGGGAGGAAUGAAAUAGUUCAGCUGAGAACAAAGAAAAGAACCGCCCGCACGCUAUCCUUCCAUCUCCUCCAUCGCUAAAGAACCACCAGCAGCAGCACACCGAGCCUAGCCGACAGCCACAAUGGCUCUCGAUGACACCGUCAUCGCCGGCAUCAACUUUCUGGCCGUGCUUCUCUCUGUACCUGUCAUCGGCAUCGGCAUCUGGCUCGCCAUGCAGACCGAUAACUCCUGCGUGCAGCUCCUCCAAUGGCCAGUCAUCGUCAUCGGCAUCGUCAUCCUCCUCGUGGCUCUUGCGGGCUUCGUCGGUGCCUUUUGGCGCAUGCCGAGGCUUCUGCUCUUCUACCUCGUGGCCAUGCUCGUCGUCAUACUCCUGCUGGCGAGCCUCGUCAUCUUCAUCUACGCGGUCACCGUCAAUGGCUCCGGCCACCCGGCUCCAAACCGAGCCUACCUGGAGUACCGCCUGGAGGACUACUCGGGGUGGCUCCGGCGGAGGGUGGAGGGAUCAUACAAGUGGAACCGCAUCAAGAAAUGUCUGAGCUCCACAACUGUGUGCGCGGAGUUGAAUCAGACGUACAGAUUGGCUGAGGAUUUCUUCGGUGCAAGGAUGAGUCCCUUGCAGUCAGGAUGCUGCAAGCCACCGACGGCAUGCGGGUACACGUUCGUGAAUCCGACGUACUGGAUCAGCCCCAUCAGCAGCACAUCGGACGUGGAUUGCACGCUGUGGAGCAACGACCAGAUGGUGCUUUGCUACUCGUGCACGUCCUGCAAAGCCGGCUUGCUGGCCAACCUUAGACGAGAGUGGAGGACAGCGGACGUGGUGCUGGUGGUGACCCUUGUGGCCCUCAUCUUCGUCUACGUCAUGGGUUUCUGCGCUUUCCGGAACGCCAAGACGGAUCAGCUCUUCCGGCGAUACAAGCAAGGUCACAACUGAUCAGCCGAGGCUUUUAGGUCCGCGACAGGUUUUGCGCCGUGGUGCUAUUGCAGCGAGGUGGUGAGGUGGUCGGUGGAUAUUCCUGGAGUUGCUGGAAGGCAAUUUCUCGUCCUUUGAUCAUUGCUCGUAGCACAACUAAUAUAAUGCUUUUGUAAUCUCAUGUCUAAGAUUUAGCUUUUCCUUUGGCUAUUGGAUCAAAAAGUAUUAUUAGAAAAAAUAUUAUUGAUAUU